UCGAACAGCACAAGUGAAUAGCAUGGCAUCCUAAGCCACCCUCUCGCAAAUAAGAAUACCCUCCAAAAGAAUAAAAGUGAAAUUUGUGUUCCGUGGAAUUUCAACAGAGGAUACAAAAAGUAUAUGUAUUUUAUUUUAACCAAAUUAAUCGGGAAAAAGUUAUUAUUGGUUUUAUCAAUCUAGAAAAAAAAACAACAACAAACAAAGUGCACCCUUUCGAUUCGAUAUUGGUGUGGUGUUCGAUUAUAUCUUUUUUUAACAAGUACAUAAUUAAAUUCAUUGUGACAGUAAAAUCUUUUCAUCAUCUUGAAAACAAAGAGAAAACAUGGAUUUCCAGAAUCGCAACCAAAAUGAGCACAAGUUUGUGUGCCCGAGCGAUAGACAGCUGGCGCUAAGAGCAAAACUCAAAACUGGUUGGAGUAGUAGCAAAGUCUCGGAGCCCCUACGUCCAGAAGAACAGGCAGCCAUUAUAUCGGUCAUACGUCGAAAUGAAGAAAUCGAAGUUGCUGAACGACAACGUGUUGGUAAACUCGUGGAACGUGUGGAAAAAAUCAAAGAACGAGCAGCUGAUUGUGGACCACAAGGUUGUCGCUUAUGUGGCCAAACAUUUGGAAUUCUCGGUCCAUCGCGCUUGGUGUGUGAGGACUGCAAAAAAGCAGUAUGUUCAAAAUGUGCCAUUGACAUUAAUAUCAAAAUGCAUUGCAAAUCUCGAGAAAUUUGGCUGUGUCGCAUCUGCUCGGAGACAAGAGAAAUGUGGAAGAAAUCAGGAGCAUGGUUUUUCAAAGGUCUUCCAAAAUACGAGAUACCCGACCCAAAUUUGAGCUCAGUACGAACAACCCGAAGUGCUAGCACAACUCCAGCAAAAACAGUUCGCAUCAAAAAAAUGACUAUGAGUGUUGUCGACACAAGUAGUUCGGAAGAUGAUGAUGAUGUCGAAGACGGUGGUGGUAUUACCAAACAAGCUUACCCAUCAAUUCAGAGAGAGAAUAGUUUUAGACUCAAGGCAGUUGGUUCGUUUAGAAGUUUUUUUGAUGGUGGUGAGCGAAAGCUUUCAAAUUCCGUAUCCUUCCAAAGACAAGUAAUCUCAAAGCCAUCAGAUUCUUAUCAGCCUGAAUUUGAUACGAUCUCAACAGUGUCCAGCAACAGAAGGGAGAGUAACUAUAAUAAUCGACGUGGUUCAGCUUCAUCAGGUAUGUCAAUAAGCGAGAGUUCCUCAGGGAAUGGAAGUACCACAACAAGUAAUCAACUGGCUCAAAAUUGUAGAGAUCCAUUGUUGGGAUGGCUUGAGUUGAUAGUUAACUAUAGAGAAAUUGACCACACUUUAGAUUGUAGCGUCUUAAGAGCUAGAGACUUACCUGCUAUGGAUUCUGCAGGUCUAACAGAUCCCUUCUGUAAAUUAAAUAUCAUAACACCUGAAGGACAUGUCAAAUACACCAGAUGGCAAAAAACCAAAACAGUUCAUAAAACAAGAAAUCCCGAAUUCAAUGAAGUCCUUCAGUUUUAUGGAGUCGAACCUCUUGAGCUAGGCAAUUCAUUAUUGUAUGUGGUAAUUCUCGAUGAUGACAAGUAUGGACAUGACUUUCUUGGAGCUGCUAAAAUCAAUUUAUCAACGGUCCACAGUCAAAGUCCAUAUCGAGUGACUGUUCCUCUAGGCGUAGAAGACCAGUACAGCAAUGAAGCGGAAAUUUCUCAAACUUGGCCACGGGGAAAGAUUUGUAUCUCUCUGUGUUACAAUUCCAAUAAGAGAUCCCUUGUAGUAGUUGUAAAACAGUGUAUCAAUCUGCUUCCAAUGGAUAACAAUGGUAGCUCAGACCCUUUCGUUAAACUCCAACUUAAACCUGAUACGCACAAGAAAAAAUACAAGACUGGUGUUAAAUGGCGAAACUUAAAUCCCGCAUUCAAUGAGGAGUUUGUAUUUGAAGCUAGCCCUCAUGAUCUCAAUAAACAAUCACUUAUAAUCACCGUUUGGGACAAAGAUAUCGGCAAAAGCAACGAUUUCUUGGGAAGUCUGAUACUAGGCUGUAACAGUAAAGGAGAGCGUCUCAAGCAAUGGACAGACUGUGUCCGUCUGCCUGAUCAUGUACACGAGAAAUGGCACUGUCUAUCGGCGGAUAAUCCAUCGCAUUGAUUGAAAGAUUCUAUGCGAGUGUUUUGGUGGCUUUGGUGCUUUUAAUAAAUAAAUUAUAUUGUUAUAAAAUAUGCGCGUGUCGAGUAAUAUUUUUUGUCAGAAAGUGUCCUUAAUGCUAAGGCUAUAAAUAAUUUUAUAAACUUUUGCUUUUUUUCUCUCUUCAAAUUCGAAAGCUUUACACUUUUAACUUACAUAUAAAUCUUUAUUCAAACAUUUCAUACUUUUUUAUUUUAUGUUAAAGUUCUUAACUCACUUUUCCAAUUGGAAGUGUGACUGAUAUAACAGUUUAAUUAAAUUAAGAUAAACAUUUAAUAACAAAAGAAAAAGAAACAAUAUUAUAAAAACUAGUGUAUCUAUCGAGUUUGUACUUUCAAUAAACAAAAAACAAUCAUCAA